AUGGCGUCGUCUGGAUUAGAGCCCAUUGACGUCGAUAGAAUUAUUGAAAAGCUGCUAAGUGUGCGUGGAGCACGCCCUGGCAAGCAAGUGAACCUCUCGGAAACGGAGAUACGUGGGUUAUGCUUGCACGCACGUGAAGUGUUCCUAGCACAGCCCAUUCUAGUGGAGCUGGAGGCGCCCAUAAAGAUUUGCGGUGAUAUCCACGGUCAAUACUAUGAUCUCCUGCGUUUAUUCGAGUAUGGUGGUUUCCCCCCGGAUGCUAAUUACCUGUUUCUUGGUGACUACGUAGACCGUGGGAAACAGAGUCUGGAGACCAUUUGUUUGUUACUGGCAUACAAGAUUAAGUAUCCAGAGAACUUUUUCAUUCUACGUGGCAACCACGAGUGUGCGUCGAUCAACAGGAUCUACGGGUUCUACGAUGAGUGUAAACGUCGCUACAAUAUCAGACUUUGGAAGACCUUUACGGACUGUUUCAACUGCCUCCCUGUGGCUGCAAUCGUUGAUGAGAAGAUUUUCUGUAUGCAUGGUGGUCUAUCGCCCGAGCUUAGUCAGAUGGAGCAGAUUAAGCGCUUUGUGCGCCCUACGGACGUUCCUGACACGGGCCUGCUGUGCGAUCUGCUAUGGUCUGACCCUGACAAGGACAUUAUGGGCUGGGGAGAGAAUGAUCGUGGCGUAUCGUUUACGUUUGGCCCGGAUAUCGUGAGCCAGUUUCUCAAGCGUCACGACCUUGAUUUGAUCUGCCGAGCUCAUCAGGUGGUGGAAGACGGCUAUGAGUUUUUUGCGAAGCGUCAGUUGGUUACGUUGUUCUCAGCACCUAACUAUUGCGGCGAGUUUGACAAUGCUGGUGCUAUGAUGUCGGUGGAUGAGACACUCAUGUGCUCGUUUCAGAUUCUAAAGCCAGCGGAGAAGAAGCAGCGUUACGCGUACAACGGCUUGGGCACGCAGCGCCCAGCGACGCCGCCCCGGAAGUAG